AUAGAGAUUUCUCAGGAGACAGAUGAGGUGAUCAGGCACUCCCAUUUCUUUAAGAACUUGCCAUAGUUUGCUGUGGUCGACACAGUCAAAGGCUUUUGCAUAGUCGAUGAAGCAGAAGUAGAUGUUUUUAGACCUUGCCAAUACUCAGCCAUUGUGUUUGAUGUCACUGUAGGUUGCCAUUUUAAGUAGCUUCUUAUGGGCUUUGUGAACGUUUGAUGUGUGAGAAGAAAUCUGCAAACUAAGUUAGAACAGCAACGUUGGUUGUUAAUAUGUCUCUACAAGCCUUUUAAAUGAAGAUCACUUCCAGUCUGCCUUUCUUAUUGGGGUUUUUAAAAAGGUUUUUUUAAAUAAUUUGUGUGUUUGCUACCCUGGCUCCAUUGAGUGGGGGAGGGGGAUAUAAACAGCAACAACAACAUCCCAAGGACUUUGGACCACAUAUUAAAAAUGACAUGCGUUUGGCCUCUUUGGGAGUAUCAGCAUUGUAAAAAUCAAAAUGUGGUAAAAACUCUGGUGUUUAAUUUUCUUUCUUUCUUUUUAGGUGUGCAUCAUAUUUUUGACAAUAUUAAAGAAUUGCAGAUCACUCUGAACCCAACUAUGACUGUGCAGAUUUCAUCAGAGACAGCAGACAAUCUUCACGCUCUAGUUGAAACAACAAACGAAGAAGAGAAGACUUUGAAUAACCUUGUAGGCCUUUUGCAAGAUAUGGUGAAAAAUAUUCCAACAGCACCAGCACCAGCACAAACACCAAAACCAACAGAAACAGAAACUAUCAUACUAUCCCACCCAGAGCCUUCCCACCCAGAGCCUUCUCCAUCUGCAGCAGUGGAGACAGUUUUGCUAAACUUGAAUCCACAUACUGAGGGAAUACAUGUAGAGUCAUUGGAAACAGUUGCCCUGACAGAUGAAAAUACCCCAACUACCCCAACUACCUCAACACCAUUUUGGGAGCUCCGAAGUGACCCAGGUGCAUCAGUCAUUUUACAUACUGAUACAGUCACUUCAGAAGGAAAUACUGAAGAACAAACUGAGACAAGUGUAAUUUAUUCUGCUGAAACUACUCCAGAUCAAUCACUGGCCAGUUUGUCAUUUUUGUUGGAAACUGAUACUACCACGCAACAAGCUAUGACUUUUGAUCAGCUAACAAAUGGAGCUUUGGAAAGUCUGGUGGAGUCUUUAAGAAACGUGAGACAAAUGCAUGUGAAACUAACCCAUACCAGUAAUGAACCAAAACACAGUGAAAUUGCUGUGACACAAUCCGCAGAGAAGUCUGUAAGUGCAGAAAUCUUGGAGUUGAUUGACAGACUCAUUGAAACCAUUAAGAAUGCACCUAACUCAGUUAUAGAAGACCCAGAGCUCAAUACCUAUCUUGAAAAAGCAGAGAGCUACCUAAAAAGUGCUCUGGAACUAGCGGGAGAAGCAGAGAAGAGGUUGGAAAAGGGAAAAGCAGAGGCGGUGAUGGAAGUAGUGAUUCCUUCCACGGAGUCGGAGAACGUGACAGUGGUGAUUCCUUCCAUGGAGGCCGAGAAUGUGACAGUGGUGAUUCCUCCCUUAGAGUCCGAGAAGGUGACAGUGGUGAUUCCUCACACAGAGUCUGAGCACGUGACAGUGGGGAUUCCUCACACAGAGCCCGAAAAAGUGACAAUGGUGAUUUCUCACACAGAGCCUGAAAAGAACGUAGAAGUGCAGGGUCCUCCCUUAGGCCAGGAGUGGGUGGAGACAGAGAAGAAUGUUGAAGUGGUGAUUCCUCACACAGAGCCUGAAAAGAAGGAAGAAGUGCAGGGUCCUCCCUUAGGCCAGGAGUGGGUGGAGACAGAGAAGAAUGUGGAAGUGGUACUUCCUGCCAUGCCAUCAGAAACUGUGCCAGAAACAGUGACAGUCGAGUUGCUUCCAUCUCCACCUGAGUCUGUAGCAGAAAAGGCAGAAGAGGCACAAGUGGAAAUGGGAAAGUUAAAAGCAUUCAUUAACUUGCUAUAUGGUUUUAGUCCCCACCUAACUGCAUAUGCACAGAAUUCAGCCAAUAAAAAAGUUGGUGAGGACAUUAUUGAUAGAGCAAUGGCAGUCCUUCAUGCCAUAAAAAGCAUUUUCUGUGGAGAUCCUGAAGGGCAAAGCAAACUGAUGUUGCAGCAGUUGUUAAAGGAAGACAUGGAGCUUGUAAGACAAGCCAUGAAGGAAAAAAGAGUCUCUUAAGAAGACACAUUUGUUUCUUGGUUAGGGUAGAUAUUUUUCAUCCAAGUUAUGUAUCACUAGAAAUCAGUUUUGUUGUUUGUAACAG